AUGGGUCAGCUGUUCCUUGUGACAGGCCCACCCAGAAUUGCCGACAAAGUGAUCCACCGGCAAUCUGUGAGGUUAGGAAGAACCAUCAAGCUUUUGUGUCCGGUCGAAGGUGACCCUCCGCCUCUCACGAUGUGGACGAAAGACGGGCGGACCAUCCACAGUGGGUGGACGAGGUUCCGCGUCCUUCAACAAGGCCUGAAGAUCAAGGAAGUGGAGACCGAGGAUGCGGGGACCUAUAUCUGCAAAGCCACCAACGGUUUUGGCAGCAUGAACGUGAACUAUACGCUCAUUGUGAUCGAUGAUGCCAGCUCAGGAAGGGAGAGUUCGGGACCUGAAAAUCCUAACAGUGGAUCAGAAGAUCAGUUGGGGAAGCUAUGGGCUCGGCCGAGAUUCACUCAGCCUGCGAAGAUGAGGCAACGUGUGAUCGCCCGGCCGGUGGGCAGUUCGAUCCGACUCAAAUGUGUGGCCAGUGGCAACCCCCGGCCGGACAUCAGCUGGCUAAAGGACAACAAGCCUCUGACCUCGCAGGAGAUUGGCGAGAACAAAAGGAAGCGGUGGACCCUCAAUCUGAAGAACCUGAAGCCGGAGGACAGCGGAAAAUACACCUGCCGUGUCUUCAACAGGAUGGGCGAAAUCAACGCCACCUACAAAGUAGAAGUGAUCCAGAGGACACGAUCCAAACCCAUCCUUACUGGGACACACCCGGUGAACACAACUGUGGACUAUGGAGGAACAACCUCAUUCCAGUGUAAGGUGAGGAGUGACGUUAAACCGGUGAUCCAGUGGUUGAAGAGAGUGGAAUACGGCACAGAGAGCAGAUACAAUUCCACCAUUGAUGUCGGCGGGCAGAAGUUUGUGGUGCUUCCCACCGGUGAUGUUUGGUCUCGUCCCGAUGGCUCCUACCUGAACAAACUCAUGAUCACGCGUGCCAAGGAAGAAGAUGCUGGCAUGUACAUUUGCCUAGGGGCAAACACGAUGGGGUACAGCUUCCGAAGUGCGUUUCUUACCGUGUUACCAGAUCCCAAGUCCCCAAGUCAACCUCUGGCACCUUCCUCUACCAGCAGUCUUCCGUGGCCGGUCAUCAUCGGGAUCCCGGCUGGAGCUGUCUUCAUUUUUGGGACAAUCGUUCUCUGGCUCUGCCAAACCAAGAAGAAGCCGUGUUCUGCUCCAGCUGCUACUCCGGGACACAGGAGCCAGCCUCGCGACCGGGUCUGCACAGCCCAGGUCUCCGAUAAAGACUGCUUGUCCUCCAUGAACUAUGAGGAAUAUGUAGCCCAGCAGCAGCAUUUGCUGACCCAGGGGCCAGUCCUGCCUUCCAGCGCGGCUUCCAAAAUGUACCCAAAGAUUUAUACAGACAUCCACACCCACACCCAUUCCCACGUGGAAGGCAAGGUACACCAGCACCAGCACAUCCAUUACCCGUGUUAAAGAAGGUCCGCCAUUUUAGAACGUUGUGACGCGAAUCGCUUUGGAUCAGCCGAAACGGCCGGGAAACUGUGGGGAAAACUCACCCGACACAACCCAACGAAACACGGUGCGUUGUCCAGGGUGUGUUGUUACUGUGACCAGGAAGUAAUGAAGGAAUUCCCAAAUGGC